GAAUUGAGCUCAAGCAGUGGCAGAGAGUAGAGAGUAUAAUCUCUGUUAUAUGUCAAACUCGUAUUUUUUUUAACUACGAAACAAACGUAUUCUCAAUUGUCAUACGAAAAUAAAAAAUUUUUCACGUUUAAGGUGUUUUUGUGAUCGUGAUAAAAAAUCGUGAAUAAAAUUAUCCGAUAUAAAGAUGUCGGGCAGCAAGUGCAGAAACUGUGGUUCUACGGAUAUAGAAACCGACCCAGCACGAGGAGAUGCAGUCUGUACAAAUUGCGGUUUUGUACUGGAGGAUCAACUCAUUGUCAGCGAAACGACUUUUGAGGAGACACCUUCAGGGAAUAUGAUGGUUCUUGGCCAAUUUGUAGCCAAUGAUAGUACAGGAGGAGCUACCGGCUUUGGAGCAGCGUAUCAUGUUAAUGGCAAGGAAUCUCGAGAAAUUACCAUUCAAAAUGCAAAGAAAGGCAUCACACAUUUGUGUUUGCAAUUACACUUGAACCAACAUUGCAUUGAUACAUCAGUAAACUUUUACAAAAUGGCAUUGAGUCGGCAUUUAACAAGGGGGAGAAAACAGGCCCACAAUCAUGCGGCUUGCGUUUACAUCACUUGUCGAACAGAAGGAACAGCUCACAUGCUGAUUGACAUAAGUGAUGUUCUUCAGAUUUGCGUUCACGAGCUAGGACGCACAUAUUUACGUUUUACACAGGCAUUGUGUAUCAAUAUACCAUCGAUGGAUCCGUGUCUCUACAUUAUGAGAUUCGCCAAUAAACUCGAGUUUGGAGAAAAAACUCACGAAGUUUCGAUGACAGCGUUGCGAUUAGUUCAAAGGAUGAAGCGUGACAGUAUCCACAGUGGCCGGAGGCCUUCGGGACUCUGCGGAGCAGCCCUUUUGAUGGCGGCUCGGUUACACGAGUUCAGUCGAUCGCCAGCGGACAUAAUAAAAAUAGUCAAAGUUCACGAGUCAACGUUGCGGAAAAGGCUGAUAGAAUUCGGCGACACUCCGUCGAGCGCGCUAACCCUGGAGGAGUUCAUGACCGUCGAUCUCGAAGAGGAGCAAGAUCCUCCGGCCUUCAAAGCGGCGCGUAAAAAGGACAGAGAACGUCUUCAAAGGCUGGAAAAUAUAGACACCGAACUGAGCGAUUUGCAGUCAGAAAUCGAUAAGCAAUUGGAAGACCAAAAGGUGGCCAAAGUCCAUCGUAAAUUGGACGAACGGAGAGUAGAAGACUUGGAGACCUCGCAGUUCAUCAAAGAAAGCACACUGAGUGUCGUCGAUCACUGUAUUGAAAGCGACCCCGACGACCCCACAGAGGCCUCGGCGUUGCGGAUCUCUUCAGUUAUUUCUCACCCACUCAUGACUGGGCUUGGACCGGACAUUGCUUCGAUGGGAUUGAGCACGCAGCAAAAAGACAGAGACAAUAAUAGUGGGGAAAAGACUUUUUCCGCAUUUGAAAACGCAACCGGUGAAAUAGACAUUACUGAUCUGGACGACGAGGAAUUGGACAGUUACAUUAUGUCUGAGAAGGAAGCAAAUUCGAAACAUAAUUUGUGGAACAAAAUCAACGCUAAUUACCUCCAGCAACAACAAGAAAAAGAAGAGAAACGGAAGAAAGGGAAGGAGGAAGGAAAACCGGAAAAAAAGAAACGACGUGCUGCUCCGAAAAGAAAUAAAAAUCAGAGUGCAGCGAGCACAGCAGGCGAGGCGAUUGAAAAGAUGUUGCAGGAAAAACGAAUUUCUUCGAAAAUCAAUUACGAAGUCUUGAGGAGUCUGAACGUCGGAGUAUCGAGCAACGUGUCAUCUUUCAACGAAGUAUCAGCCCACGUCGAAUCGGAUUCCGAGCCUACCAAGCCAGAGAGAACUCGUAGCAUCCAAAAAUCUGCGAAGAUCAAACAAGAAGAAACGCCCACGAAAAAGAUGAAGAUUAACGACAACCCUCCGAAAGCAACGGAACCGAGAGCGUUGUUUGGCUCGCCAAAACACGAGCCCCAAGUACAGGACGAAUCUUACCCAUCUGAAACGCCAGAUGCCGCAAUGGAAAAUGACGAGCUUGCUGACGACGAAAUAGAAUUGAAUCCUCAGGAGAUGACGGUCGGCCAAAUGCUCGGACAAAACGACGAGGACGACGCGUACGCUUAUGAUUACGAUGAGGAAGAGUAUUAAACAGAUUAUUGUAACGCUAUUUAUUCGUGUAGAUCGGUAGUACAGAAAAACCGUAUAAAUUAUUUAAAAAAAAAAAAAAAAAAAAUAACGAUGACUGCAGAAAUCGAAAGGGAAUCAUCGUCAGUACAAUCCUCGCAAUAUUUUUUGCGCACUUUGAGAAUCGUUUAUUCCAGUUAGUGAGAAUCUUUGGUGAUUUUUGAGUCCCCGAUCGAAGGGAAUUUCCAGUUAUUUCAAAAGUGCCGAAUUCAGCAAACACUUUCGAAGCUUUUGAAAACAAGUGACUAUAGACUGUGUCGUAGGUUUCAAUGCCAUAAUGUUCAUAGCCGUAAUAACAUUUUUACGAGUUUUAAUUAUUUUAUCAUACGCUCAAUAAAGUACUCAUUUUAUUUCGAA